AUGAAUCAAGGCUCUAAACAUGAUAUAUUCACAUCAUCUCAUCAACGACGAGCGCAGAACGCCAACGAAAAUGUACCUCCAGUUUUAGAUCAUGAAUCUAAUGAAAGUGGUGUUAGCCAUAACAAUGAAACAUUAAAUAAUAGUAAUCGUGAAGUGAUGAAAGAAAGCGAAGAUGAUUGUGUGCUUCCUCCAUUACCAAAAAUAUCCAGACGGCCAAAGCUAGGAGCAACUGGGCGUACUCAUUCUGUCUUUGCACCAUCGCCAAGAUGUAAUUUUGGACCUAAAGGCACACUUAAAAAAAUACAAAACGAUGAAGAACUUAUUGUUAUUCAAGAUCCAUCUAGCCAACGUCUUCAUUGGAAUGCACCACCUAGUAAUAUUCUUAUUAUACGUAAACCAGGACUAUCUACAUUGCCAGAAUUUCAAAUUCUUGUUGUGAAACUUCUUAAACGUCGUCUCAAUGUUUUUGUUGCAUCUUCUGAUCGUGCGCAGGUACCAUUUGAUAGUGAUGCUGAUUUAAAAGAAAGUUUUGAACGAUGUAUUCCAUUUGAUCAAAAAGAUGAUUUAAAUAAGAUUGAUUUAGUUAUUUGUUUGGGUGGUGAUGGUACUCUUUUACAUGCUUCGAGUGUAUUUCAAAAAAAUUGUCCACCUGUAUUAUCAUUUUCUAUGGGCUCAUUGGGAUUUUUAACUCCAUUUGAUUUUCAAUUUCAUGACAAAAUUUUAGAUGAAGUUUUAUCUGGCAAAGUAGCUGUUUUAUUACGAACACGUUUAAAUUGUACAAUUAUUAAAGGUGGAUUAUAUAAUUUAUCUCCAUCAGAUACACCAGAUUUUUCUUCUCAAACAAGUGAAACAUCUACAUCAAGUGAUGUUGAUGAUACGUCGAAUCUGGCAUUAAAUGAAGUUGUUAUUGAUCGUGGACCAAAUCCAUAUUUAUCAAAUAUUGAUUUAUAUAUUAAUGAUAAAUUUAUUACUAAAGUACAAGGUGAUGGUUUGAUUAUUUCGACUCCUACUGGUUCUACAGCUUAUGGAAUGGCCGCUGGUGCUUCAAUGGUUCAUCCAAGUGUUCCUGCUAUGGUGCUCUGUCCUAUAUGUCCACAUUCAUUGUCUUUUCGUCCAAUUGUUGUUCCAGCUGGUAUUGAUCUUACAGUGAAAGUAGCUGAAGAUGCUCGUCUAACUGCAUGGCUUUCAGUUGAUGGAAGAAAUCGACUUGAAUUACUUCAAAAUGAUCGUGUAAAAAUGACAACAAGUAUUCACCCAGUACCAUGCAUAUGUCGAUUUGAUCAAGUAGGCGAUUGGUUUCAAUCAUUAGCUGAUAUACUUCAUUGGAAUAUACGUAAACCACAAUUAAGUUUUGAUACUAAGAAAAAAACUGAACGUCCUGAAGAAAUACCAACUCAAGGUGAAGAACAAGUAAAAACUCAAGAUGGGAACGAAUAA